CAAGUGAUCGACAGUGCAGCCAAUAACGGAUAUGCGCAGAAGCGUUGCGCAGUAAACAUUUUGUGGGGUCUUCCGGUGGACAUAGUUCUUUUUCAACAUCAUCCAGCCAUGCCCUUCAGUAGGUUUGUUGAGACAGGCCGCGUGGCUCUGAUCGCCGACGGCGAUUACAAGGGAAAAUUGAUCAGUAUCGUCGAUGUUAUUGAUCAAACUAGGGUAUUAGUUGAUGGACCAUUGACGGAGGUUCCACGUAUCCCAAUCAGAAUCAACCAGUUGCAUUUGACUAAAUUGAGCGUCAAAUAUCCGUUCUCAGCCCCAAAACGCGUUGUACGCAAGGCAUGGUCUGAUGCAAAGGUCUUAGAAAAAUGGGACCAGUCCAUGUGGGCAAAGAAAUUGGCCUCCAAGGAAAAGAGGCAAGCGAUGUCUGAUUACGAUCGCUUCAAACUGCGCAAGGCCAAGUCCAGGAGGAACCGUAUCCGCACCGUCGUCUUCCACAACUUGAGGUCGACCGGAGCGCGUAACGGAUCACUCUUCGGCAAGAAGACGAAGGGUGGCGACAAACCCAAGCCGAAAAAGGGUGCCGCCAAGGCCGCGCCGGCCAAGAAAGUAGAACCUAAGAAGGCUAAGAAAUAAACAGGUGCGCCUGAAUUUAAUAAUAAAAAAUAUUAAAUACA